AUGCCCGUCGCUGCCCCGCUGGCUACCGGGGCCGCUAUGUCCCCCUUUCCUAUCAUCAACGGUGUCCCAGUGGCUAUCCCGCCUCCAGAUGGUUAUGUGGUUAACUUCGAACAUCCGCAAAGACGUCACGAGAUGGAAGCGUACACGGCUUCGGGUGUGGGCAUUUUCCUUGCGUUCCUUUUCGUUCUCCAAUACCUAUAUGUCAAAUUAUGGGUUCUGCGCAAACCAGACGGCGAGACCGUGUGCCUAUUAGUUGCGUGGGUUUUCUCCAUCGGCGUGCAAAUAGUAUCACUCCGAACAUUUGUUCUUGGUAUAACAGGCGUACAUGCAUGGGAAGUCUCUCUUGACAAGCUCAACACUGGAAAUCAGCUCACCUUCAUCUCCCCGAUUCUCUAUGCCGUGUGCACCGCCUUCUCCAAGAUGACGCUGGCGCUAUUUUACCGAAAGCUUUCACCCCAGAGGUGGUGGCGGUGGAGCGUAUACGGUGUUCUCUUUCUUGUUGCAGGUUACAACCUGGCCAUUAUGCUUGUUAUUAUUUUCGGCUGCGUCCCUUUCAAGAAGAGCUGGGACCUCACGAUGCUCGAGGGGUCAUGCGUGGAUCGACCAAUGGUGUAUGUCUGCACCGCAGGUCUUGGCAUCUUGUCAGACCUAAUCCUCUUGCUGAUGCCCUUGCCGAUGAUUCUGCGCUUGCAGAUGCCGCGAAGGCAAAAGGCUGGACUCGUUGUGCUAUUUGUUAUCGGUUCUGCAACACUGGUGACUUCUGUAGUACGACUAGUACUACUGCUUCCCAUCUUUGGCACCAACGAUGUCAGUUGGGUUCUUUCCGGCGCCAUUGUCUGGAUUUUCAUCGAAUCAAACCUCAUGAUCAUCUGCGCAUCGUUGACGACUCUUCGACGCUUCUUCAAACACGUCGCACCAAGAUUUAUUGGCGAACGAGGCUCAUCGGCCGGAAACGGAAGCAGCAACAAAGGUACCCGGGGGCACCCAUUUCAAACAAUAGGAAGCAUGGGAAAGAAGUCGAGAAAAGGGAGAGCCGAUACGCCUGGAGAUCCCGGAUUCGACCUCAAGACCAUCGUGCAGGCGCAACCCGUGAGGACAGAAGUCACUGUACAUGAACCGGACGAAGAGCGCGGCGAAGUGAUCAAGCAGUUGCGGAGACAAGAGUCGAUAAAUAAGUUUGGCAGUCCGACAGUGAAGACGCAAGUAUGGGAUCCGCGCAAGGAUAGCUCGGAUGAUGAGGAGCGGGCGAUUGUACAGACGACAACCGUGACAGUGGUAUAUGGACCCCGAGAAAGCUACAUGCCUCCACUACCAAAGAGGGUUGAAGUUGAGGAUAUGGCCUGA